CAAAACGUAAGGCAGAAGAAGGGGGCCGACAGCAGGCUGUGAACACUGCAGUGCAUGCGACCGUACAACCGCUCUCUGCCCGUGUUCGCCUUUCUUCAACACCAGCGACGACACGGAGGAAAACAGAUUGUCUGUGAACUGAAGCGGCGGAGAAUAUUCAAUCAGAGCCGGCAAUCCCGACUUUCCGUACGGUGUGUGGAGUAUUCAGCAAGGACUUUGGUAGAUAAAUCUACUGGUACUCCUGAGUUCGUACUCAAACGGUUUUUCCAGUCACAGUCAUUUCUGAAGAGUCAAAGGUGCAGCGGGGGCGCGGCUGCUCUCAGGUCAGAACAAACCUGUCGCCAUGGAUGUGGAUGAAGAAGAGAACAUGAGUUCAAGCAGCACAGACGUUAAGGAAAACCGAAACCUGGACAACGUGUCUUGCAAAGAUGGGGUGGGAGUCGCUGAUCAGCUCCCCAAUGGAAGCGGCAGUCGAAAGCGACCUUUAGAGGAGGGUAACAAUGGCCACACACAUUCCAAGUUCCGGGCCAAGAAACGCAAGAAAACACCGGGGCCGGUCCUGCCCAAGAAUGCUCUGAUGCAACUGAAUGAAAUCAAACCAGGUCUACAGUACAAACUGCUGUCUCAAACAGGGCCUGUCCAUGCACCAGUUUUUGUCAUGACUGUGGAGGUUAACGGACAAAUGUUUGAGGGCAUGGGCCCAACCAAGAAGAAGGCUAAAUUGAAUGCAGCUGAGAAAGCACUGCGUUCCUUUGUCCAGUUCCCCAAUGCAUCCGAAGCGCACCUGGCCAUGGGCCGAACGCUGACAGUGAAUACAGACUUUACAUCUGAUCAAGCCGACUUUCCAGACAUGCUCUUCAAUGGCUUUGAGACACCAGCUGCACCUGAAGAAUCUUUCUUUUUAGGCUCCAAUGGUACAAACUCACUAGGGGAGUACCCGCUACCCACACCACCUGGUAGCAACCUUGUUCAGGCCCCACUGCCCCCUCCAUCUGCAUUCAGCUCACCUUCCACUGGCAAAAACCCAGUCAUGAUCCUCAACGAGCUCAGGCCAGGCCUCAAAUACGACUUUGUGUCAGAGAGCGGUGAGAGUCACGCCAAGAAUUUUGUGAUGUCAGUAACAGUGGACUCACAGACAUUUGAAGGCUCAGGGCGCAACAAGAAGCUGGCUAAAGCCCGGGCAGCACAAGCUGCCCUGUCUGCUCUGUUCAACAUGCAGCUAGACCAGACACCAUCCCGGCAACCCAUACCAAGAGAGGGGUUGCAGCUUCACUUACCCCAGGUUCUGGCUGAUGCCGUCUCUCGUCUGGUGGUGGAUAAGUUCAGUGAGCUGACAGACAACUUCACCUCCCCCCAUGCAAGGCGAAAAGUCUUAGCAGGAGUCGUCAUGACAACAGGGACAGACGUGAAGGAAGCACAGGUUAUUUGUGUCUCCACGGGAACCAAGUGCAUCAACGGUGAGUACAUGAGCGACCGUGGCCUGGCGCUCAACGACUGCCACGCUGAGAUAAUCGCCCGACGCUCGCUCAUCAGGUACCUCUACACUCAGCUGGAGUUCUUUCUCAGUAACAUCAAAGAAGACCACCAGAAGUCGAUAUUUAUGCUGUGCGACAAGGGAGGCUACAGGUUAAAGGACAACGUUCAGUUCCACCUCUACAUCAGCACCUCGCCCUGCGGAGACGCCAGGAUUUUCUCUCCGCACGAGGCCGGAGUGGAAGAUCAGGGAGACAGACAUCCUAACCGGAAAGCAAGGGGCCAACUAAGGACCAAAAUUGAGUCGGGGGAGGGCACCAUCCCCGUGAGGUCUAGCAACACCAUCCAGACCUGGGAUGGUGUGCUUCAAGGAGAGAGGUUACUCACCAUGUCCUGCAGCGACAAGAUUGCAAGGUGGAACGUGGUGGGCAUCCAGGGCUCUUUGAUGAGCUAUUUUACAGAGCCACUCUACUUUUCCAGCAUCAUCCUUGGCAGCCUUUACCAUGCUGACCACCUCUCCAGGGCCAUGUACCAGCGCAUUGCAGAUAUUGAAGACCUACCCCAGCAGUUCACCCUCAACAGGCCUCUGCUCAGUGGUAUCAGCAACGCUGAAGCCAGGCAGCCAGGCAAGGCGCCAAACUUCAGCGUUAACUGGACGGUGGGCGACCAGGCUCUGGAGGUGAUCAAUGCAACCACGGGGAAGGACGACAUGGGCCGCGCUUCACGACUCUGCAAACACGCCCUGUACAGCCGCUGGGUGCGCCUGCACUCCAAGCUGUCCUCCAUCUUGCGGAUCAAAGUGCUGAAGCCCAGCUCCUACCACGAAGCCAAGCAGGCAGCCACAGAGUACCACUCUGCUAAGAAGGCGCUCAUCAAGGCCUUCCACAAGGCCGGGCUGGGGGCCUGGGUCAAAAAGCCCAUCGAGCAAGACCAGUUCACUCUCAGCUCCUGAGGGAGUCUGGGUACCGGAUGGUGUGGGAUUCCCAAUGCCCCCACCACCACCAUUCCCCCCUCCCUGACCCAGAGCUGAAAGCCAGAGAGCCCCUUAUUUACGUCCAGGCAUUUACUUUCCGUCCUCAUGUGUCGGCGACGCACGAGCACUUUGUACUUGCGUGGUUUCACAAACUCAUCACUCUCAUUCCUCAGAGGACCUCAGCCUCAUGUCUUUACUCAUCAUGUUGAUUUUUAACCUUUUAAUUUUAUCAUAUUGGUGUUUUUCCAUCUGCUCGUUUUCUGGUUUUAAACUGGAAUCAAUGUUUUUUCACCACAUAGUUGUUUGUUUCCCAGAGAAAUUAUGGUCCUUAUGCUGUAGGUGUGGACGUUGGAGUUAUACAGUUUUGUCUUCUUGAUCAAUGAGUGUAGCCAGUUUAGGGUGAAAUGUAGCCUAGAAACAAGAUAUUUUUUGCCUAAAGCUAAUGUGUAUGGACCUAAAAAAGAUCUCUCUAUAUAUAUAUAUACUUGCUAAAAUUAAGGACUAUGGUCUGUAAUUUAAUGAUGCAUAAAUCUUCAAGAUGUAAAUCUAGUACAGAGAAGUGAACAUAAGAUAGCUAUAACAUAUAAUGUGUGUUAUCUGAUCCGUUCCGUAGGAUAAGACUACCUGUUCUUAGCCCCUGUAUUAAAGAUGAAAAUGUUCUGAAAUAUCGUCGCCCUGUUUGAUUCACUGACUUGAAAGAUAAUCCAAGGCAGGUGUGACGACAGUUUAGCACACUCUGUGUUUUUUGUCUUUCAUUACUUCAAGUAUUUGUUUCAUAAGUUAUUUUCCAUCACUGUCAUCUCAUACUUGAAAACAGCGGGGGUGGCUCAUGUGGGCUCCUCCCCACGCCUGGGUCUGGUAUAAAAACUUUGGGAGGUGCUGCACGUUGUAUUUUUUUAUUUAUUUUUUUCCUUGAUUUAAGCCAUGGCUUUGCAUGGAAACUGAACUGAGAGGCUUGCAGAACAGGAUACAUGUGAUGGGGAACUCCAUGCAUCUAUCAGCGAAUGAUUUUGAAUGAAUGCCAGCAACUUCCUCCACAGGCAGCUUUGAAUCUUUGUCUCUAUUUUCUAAAUUUUUUUCUGGUUGAUUGGUUUUGGGGUGGAAAGGACUGUUUUUUGUUUUCCUUUUUUUCUUAAAGGGUUUCAGGAUUGGGGAUAAUACACAGUGGUAAUAGUAACAGUACAACAAAACCUCUCAGAACUUGUAUAAUGUCACUUGGCUGUGAUCCAUUAAUAUAUGUGCUGCAGCACCACAUACAGUACAGUAUAUAAAGUUAUAUUCAAGUGAUGCCAGUCUGUAAUGAGUGUGAUGCAAAUAUGUUGUAGUCCCUUCAUACAACUCCUUUUGGAAGCACUUUCACAACAUUGAAGUAUUAUGCAGUCCCUGCAUGAACUUGACUCAAAAGUUGUAUGCUAAUAUCCGAAGCCAGUAGUUUACAACCAAACGUCUAUGCUCAUUUUGUACCCCUACUAGAAACUAAGGCUCCGUUCACGCAACCGGCCACAUUGUUAGAUUCUGAUUUAACACAGAUCAGAUUGGAUGGUUUGCAAUCAGAAUUACAAAAGUCCUACACCUUAUUGUCAUGUGAAUCAACUGCCUACUGAAAUGGUGCACAACAAAAAGGUCAUAUUCAUAAGACUCCUCGGGAGAUUAGAAGAAUCGUUAAUAUUCUGAAAUGUAAUCUAUUGCAGAACAUUUGUAGAUUAUAUUUGUCCAGCUUUUUAUGAAAGAAACGCAAGAAAAGCUAGAUGGCUACCUUUUGCUAAUUUAGCAGCUAUUGCUAGCAACACUGCAGGUUUACAACAUUAUUUGUUACACACCAAGGGUUUCGUUCACAUCACCAGGACUAUCCAAAGGAUGCUUAGAGUGGAUUUCAUGGGGCUAACUGUCUUUACACAUGUACUGAGCAUUAUCACCAUUAACCUGCAGCACUGUUACAGCACUGCUAGCUAAACUACUAAAACAGCAUAAGCUAGCUACCUAGCUAUUCUUGUCCUCAAUAUUCUCUGUGUAACUGAAAAAAAGUUUGCUCUUUACAAAAGCUACACAUGAUCCACAAAAUUGCUACAGUAGACUCAAGUUUGUGGUCACAAAGUUGCCCUGAUAAGAGCAAACAUUACAUUUCACAAAAUCUCCUAGAUUAGUUAUUUACUUGCAACACUGCAGCCCUUUGUCUCUUGCUCUGUUAGCAUUAACCAGCAUAACAAACGUUAACUGUGUCAUGUUAAGCUGGAUGGCUGGAUGGUGAUUUUGUUGUUGGGAAUAAAAUCCAUCGUUUCCUCAGCCGUGACAGCAGGUCAUUUCUCCUCUGCGCUCUGAUUGGCUAGUGUUUCUCUCCGAUGUGAAUGCACUGCCGUCAGUGGACAAACGAUGUCAACCAAAACCCUUUUCUGUGUUGCUCUGACAUGCACAGAAAUAACACCUCAGCAGUGUUGGAGGGUCUACUUCUGGUGUUAGCCCGCGUUAGUCUAUGUCUCACUUAGUGGUGUCAUUCAUGAACAAUUCAAUCUUGCUGUGUCUCGUCUCCUCUGGCACAGAAUUAUGAGGCCUGUUUCACUUCAGUGAGGUAAAAGUCAGAUGAAAUGUGACGUUACCGUUCAGACUGAGGUUUAAGUACUACUUAUGAAAGUGGCCCGGGUUGGAUUAGCAAAAACUAGAUUUGUGCUUUUCAGACUAUUAUAAUAAAUAAAUAAAAAUCAGAUUUGGGCCUAGUGUGAACGUAGCCUUAUGUCUCAAGGGGUCUUUUUUUUUUUCUGUUGUGGCAUGCAAAGGGAAUCUAGUGAGAAUGUGCACCGUUUCAGUGGACAGUUUACAUAAAAGUCAUAUGCAAGAUGCUUGUAGCCGUGGUUACAAAUCAUUAAGUCCAAUCUGUGUUGGAUUUUAAUUGAACAAUGUGGCCGGUAAUGUGAAUUUAGCUGAAGUGAAAUUGACAGUUAAUCAGAAUAUUAUGUAAACUGAAAAAACAAAUAGGAUUUCAGUGACUUCAGCUGGUAAUGUGAAUGUUGAUUUAGCUGCAUAUUCUUUGUGAAUUGACUUCCAUGUUUUAAACUGGUAAAUGAAGACACUUUUCCAGGUUAUUGCAGUGAAUUCCCACUUCCAGCUGUCAGAAAAAUGUACGAGUGUGCAAUUUAUGUGUGUGCUCAGGUGUCUUUAAGCAUACUCAAGUCAAAUUCUCACCAAAGAUGAAGAUGUCCAUGUGUGUUUCUGUCCCAGUGUUUUCCUUAAUGGGAAUUAUUUUCUAAUAUCUAAGUCUGCCAUCAACCCUUUACUGUCAGGUUUUUGUAUAAACACACAAUGUACUAUUGCUUUGUACAAAAAAAUUAUGUAUUCAGUUCCAGAUGGGGGAAAUUGAAUAGUCAGGCUUCUCUAAUGCAUUUGUAGCUGUCAGUGACCACAUGUAUAUCGUGACCUGCGAUCAUUAUAUCUGCAAUAUAGUAGUUCUGUGUAGAUAAGGAACAACAAAAUGGCAAAUCUUCUUCCCUGUUAAUCAAACCGUCUAGAAAACUGUUCAGAUCUUUCCUGUGUUGCUGGGAUUGUGAAGAUGUUACUGUUCCCGAGUAAGUAUUUGUGGUUCUGUGCGACUCACUGGGCACCAUAAAGCAUGGCACUAACACUGCCGGGGUUUAACAUGCUUCAUCCCCACUGUAGCUACACACACACACACACACACACACACACACACGUACGUAUAUAUAUACAUGAAAGGGAAAAAAAAAACGGAGGAAAAAAAACUGCACUGUUAAGUGCCUCAGCUUAAAGUGGCAUCCACCAGCUGGCACUUGUGAUGUCUAUAUAUAUAAAUAGGAUGUAACUUUUUAGCUUUUUGUUGUUUUUUUUGUUUGUUUGUUUGUUUUUGUUUUGUUUAGUGUUUUGUUUUUUUCAGUUGAUAGAAAAAAAAAGAAAAGUAAACAAAAAACAGGAGUAUCCCAGAGUUGAGCUAAAAGUGGAAAACCUUAAAAUUUGGUGUUUAAAUAAAGGAAAAGAUGGAGAACAGUGGGAUACAGUGUUCCCCUAACAAAUAGGACCCAGACCAAAGUAAAAAGCAAUACAUGGAUUUCUCCUUUAAAUGUCAGCCCAUCACAAACAGGACCCUGACUGAUGUUUCCCUUUCUCCGCUCCUCUAGUCUUCUCUCUGUUCCUCUUUUGCUCUGUUUCAUCUCUACAAAGCUGUCUGGGGAUUUUUUUUUUUUUAACUUGUAUAUUCCCCUCUAAACAUUGCCUGCUCCUAGAGUUUUAGGGGUUUUGCUUUUUUGACUGCACUAAAGAUGUCAACUGAUGAUGUCAUAAUUUAAAGAAAAGCCCAUAUUUAUGGUUUAGAUAGAUUGAACUAUCACAGAAAGAACUGCUUCUGCUUUCAAACCCCUAGUGAAUCCACAACGAUGGCCAGUGCACACAACUCCUCCGGGGGUUAUAUUUUUGUUUUUGUUUGGUGGCCCCGGAUUGGUUGGUUUUUGCUCGUUCUGGAUUUCUGUUCUCCUCCUUCUCCAGCUGUCUACUGUGUGAAAUCCUCCAUCAACAAAAACCACAACCUUGCAUGUACUACCAACACUGAAGCUGCACCUAGCAUGAUGACAAACUUUUAAAGGACUCUGUAGAGAAAAAAAAAACGCUAACAGCUAUAGAUAGAUCUAUAAAAAUCAACAAAAGAGAAUAAAGGAGUUCAUAGUUUA